AUGCAAAUUGAUUUAAUUUGCCCCUUAAGAACGGAACGUUCAAGUUUAAAUUUUAAAGAACUACGAACUUACUUUGAAUUGAACGGCGCUUUAAAGUUUCUCUUAGAUAUCGUAAUCGGUACACAAAUACCCAUUUCCAGUUCAGCUGCUUAUCCGAUACUACAAAGCAAUGACUUAGAUCUAAAAACCUUAAUAUUAAACAUGAGCAAAGGUGAUUUGAUACAAAAUUUGCAUGAUACCGCAUCAGGUCCAGUGCCUAAGACACCAUCAUGCAUGAGUAUUGAGACGGCUCAAAUUUUAUUAAUAAACGAUGACAUCAAUACGAAUGAUAAUGUUGAGUGGGACUGA